GCUUUUCCUGCCAACCAAUCCUACUACCUAACGUUACUGAGAGCAACUAGCUAGCUAACUGUUAGCUUGGUUUUCGCAGUAAAUCCAGAUGAAAUGUCUCGUCCGUAUUCCCGCUACAUUGCCCUUUUGCAGCCUUCCAAGAUGCUUUAGCCAACUGAUAGCACACUUGCCAGUAUACAACGGAACUAUCAUGGGCCACUGAGAUUGGCAAACAAUAACGUUAACAUUGGUCGUGCCUUUCCUUAACGUUAUUUGUUAGCCCACUGGUCAAGCAUCAUGAUGAAAUCUACAGGGAACAAACUGAAGUUAACGUAUGGGAAAAUGCUAAUGGUAUGGUAAGGUUAAUUACAAAGCGAUCCACAAUGCAAGGAUUCUAUCAAGAGUAAAACCUGCUGUUGGUGGCGAUGCUGCUUCCAGUGUGAGUGAAAAGAAGAGAAAAAACAAGGCGAAGAAAAUUCCACGACUUGAGGACUAUUUGAAUCAGAGAGACUAUAUGGGUGCAUUGACUCUGCUGGAGUUUCAGCCCAGUGGAGGGGUGGUCGAGGAACACGCAGGCCUUUGGAUCGGCUACUGUGCCUUUCAUUUAGGAGAUCACAGAAGAGCAAUGGAGGAAUACAAGGCUCUGACUCUCAAGGCAGACUGUCCCGAAGAGGCGUGGGUCCACUUGGGAUGUGCCCUUUUUUUCCUUGGGCUUUAUAAGGAGGCUGAGGAAGCUGCACUGAAAGGUCCAAAGUGUCAACUCCAAAAUAGACUCCUCUUCCACUUGGCUCACAAGUUCAACGAUGAGAAGAAACUCAUGGGUUUCCAUCAGAAUCUGGAGGACGUCACUGAAGACCAGCUCAGCCUCGCCUCCAUCCACUAUAUGCGCUCACACUACCAGGAGGCCAUCGACAUCUACAAACGAAUCCUCCUGCAGAACAGAGAUUUCCUGGCACUGAAUGUUUAUGUAGCUUUGUGCUACUAUAAGCUGGACUACUAUGAUGUCUCUCAGGAGGUGCUGGCAGUGUACUUGCAGAGUGUCCCCGACUCCACUAUUGCCCUCAAUCUGAAAGCAUGCAACCACUUCCGCCUUUAUAAUGGCAAAGCUGCAGAGGCUGAGUUGAAGAACCUGAUUGACAUCUCCUCCAGCUCGUUUGAAUUUGCCAAGGAGCUAAUUCGGCACAACCUGGUAGUGUUUCGUGGUGGAGAGGGCGCUUUACAAAUCUUGCCACCCCUGAUUGACGUCAUUCCUGAGGCUCGACUUAACCUGGUCAUCUACUACCUCAGACAAGAUGACGUUCAGGAGGCUUACAAUCUUAUUAAAGACCUUGAGCCCACCACGCCCCAGGAAUAUAUUUUGAAAGGUGUGGUCAAUGCAGCACUAGGUCAGGAAAUUGGAUCUAGAGAACACCUGAAGAUUGCGCAACAGUUCUUUCAGCUGGUGGGAGGAUCAGCCAGCGAAUGCGACACAAUACCGGGACGGCAGUGUAUGGCCUCGUGCUUCUUCCUUCUCAAGCAGUUUGAGGAUGUGCUCAUCUACCUGAACUCAGUCAAAAGCUAUUUCUACAAUGAGGAUAUUUUCAACUUCAACUAUGCCCAAGCCAAGGCUUCCCUUGGGAACUACAAAGAGGCUGAGGAGGUGCUCCUGAUGAUCCAGAGUGAGAAGAUAAGGAAUGACUAUGUGUACAAGAGCUGGCUCACUCGCUGUUACAUAAUGAAUAAGAAGGCUCGUUUAGCCUGGGAACUGUACCUGAAGAUGGAGACCUCAUCAGAAUCCAUCAGCCUCCUACAGCUCAUUGCUAACGACUGCUAUAAGAUGGGCCAGUUUUAUUAUGCCGCCAAAGCCUUCGAUGCCCUUGAGCGGCUUGACUCCUGCCCUGAGUACUGGGAGGGGAAGAGGGGAGCCUGUGUGGGGAUCUUCCAGCUCAUCCUGGCAGGAAGAGAACCCAGAGAGACGUUGAAGGAGGUCCUUCCUAUGUUGAGAAGCACUGGGAACCCACAGGUGGAAUACAUAAUCAGGAUACUAAAGAAAUGGGCCAAAGACAACAGAGUUGCAAUAUCAUGAUCUUUCAAGGCAACAGUUAUAGCAUUGAAGUGCUUUUGCCAGCACAAAACAGUCAUCACAGGCAUGGAAAUGUUUAGUUCCUAUCUUAGAUGGGUUAAUCAUGUUGCAAAUUUGAUAGAGGAUGCAUUUCUGAAAUGUGUAGACAUACAUUUGCAUUAAAAAUCAUUAUCCUACUUUGGAAAUAAAUUAUAUUUAUCAGUAUUUUACGUACAGCUCAUGAAAUCAAAGUAUCACAAAAACAUGACUUGAUAUCUGAACUGUAUUUGUGUUUUACUUACAUGUACAGUUUGUAGCACAUUUUAUGCAAUGUUGUAUUGUACGUCCCAGAGUAAAUAUUUUGUAUGUA